AUGGCAGAUUUAAAUGGCGGCGCCAGCAACAAUGAGCGACUCCUGGCGGCUGCAAGAACUGACAACGAGGAACUCAUGAUGGAAGUGUUCUCUGAGGGUGGAUUUGACAUCAAUUUCCAGGAUGGACUGGGGAAUACCGGUGCGUCGAGAAAAAGCGUGUCCAACGGUUCCACAGAUGUGCUCGAACAUAUACUAUCUCAUGAAGACUGCGACGUUGACCCCAUUAACCGUAUCGAGAAGGCUACGCCCCUGCAUCUGGCAGUCAAGCUUGAGCACCCUGGGCUAAGGAAGCAUGUAGUAAACAGUCUCCUGGAGGCUGGUGCCGAUACUAAGAUACGGGACAAGUUUGGUGAAACAGCGCUAGAUCUGGUACCUGUCCGAAGAUACGGAAAUGACGACGAUGUUGGAUCAGGGUCAGGAUCAGGGUCCGAUGAUGACUAG